AUCUGGUACAGGUGUUGUGGCUAGCAAUACUCCUUCUUAUGGUUGUCAACAUUUCAGAGAGUGUUUCAGUGAAGCAUGCCACAAAACCCAUCCUGGCCAGAUCUGACGACAUUACAGUUACCCUGCCUUGUGACUUCACUACAGCAACUUACGAGACACCGCAGAUCACGUGGUACCAGGAAAAGGCAGGCCACAGGAAAGAAAUUAUGCAGUAUGACAUUCACAACCGUUUGUCGUCUUACGGGGAGUUUGUAAACCGCGUGACCCGUGGGGACCGAGGGGCACUGGUUAUUCUGAGGCCCAGUCCAAGGGAUUCCUGGAACUAUUCGUGCGAGGUUGAAGUGGACAAUGAAACCCCAAGCUGGGUUAAAACUUCUGUGGAAUUAUUGGUAGAAGAAGAACCUCUGACCACGAUAAGGUCCACAGCGGAUUCCACAGAGCGGACUCCAAAACAAACAGAAGAUGUCAAGGGCGAACUGGUUUUCUUCAUAGCCAUUUUAUGGAUGGUUCCAACGGUUUGUUCUUUCAUAUUUGGUAAAAAAGGAUUUCAUCGGUGCAAAGAAACACACAGGAACCUGCGGACGAAAACGCUACGGCAGAUAUUUACGUUAGGUAUGAUUGUUUUCAUCUUCAUAAAAUCGAAUUUUAGAUGAAUAUAAACCAGUUAAUAAACAAAUUCACUAAAAGUAUUAUGUCUAUUACAGCAGGAAGCGUUGAAAGCUUGCAUUAUUAUGAAUUAUGGAAGUUGCUAUUUACCAAUAUGAUACUAUUACAUGUAUAUGCUAUUCUUUUUCUUUUCAAACAAGAUAUUAUAUUCUUUGCUACAUAACACAUUAAUUUAAAAGCAAGGAUUUGAUAAAAUAUAAAAGUUAUUAAGACUUGAACUACGUGUUCUCAGAUACUGUAAGGCAAUUGGUACAGCACUGGGGGACCAGAAUCAUCGCCUAUAGCGUCAUAAUUUGCUCGAUCACCCGCUGAUAGACGUAGAUUUAUUCCCCGUUAAAACGGCUUCGCGUCACAGUUAUUAGAGAGCGAAUUACACGGCCAAAAUGUCCCAGAGCCAAGGUAAAUCUGUACACAAAAUAUGAUGAUUUUAUGAUUUACGUCACGUGAUUCUGUUUAAAGCUCUAACAAUAUGACCGAUUCUACGUGAGAGCCGUGCAAGAGAACGUCAGUGAGAUUAAUAAAGAAAUGACAUAUAAAUAAUGAUUUGAAACUAAACUAUUUUGAAAAUUAUUCAUUCCAAUAUGGCGGAAUUAACAACAGAUAGGUUUGUACGUGUGCCGACUGUCGGUGGAAAGUUACUGUACUUUGACAUUGUGAGUGUGCCGAUUGGCAGUGGAAAGUUACUCUGCUUUGACAUUGUACGUGUGCCGGUUGGCAGUGGAAAGUUACUGUGCUUUG